GGACGAGCCUCAUGUCGUCCAGCAUCUGCUCGAGUUUCUGUAUACGGGGCGCCUCAGCCUGGGUCUGGGUCUGGGUCUGGGCCGCGCCGAGACCAAACCCAAGGCCAAGUCCGGGCUGUCGAGCCAUAUGCUCGUGGCGGUCGAGCUCUUUGUCCUCGCCGACAAGCUGGGGCAUGAGCGGCUGCAAGAUCUUCUCUUUGGUGCGAUAUCGGAGUUUGAGUUUGAAGAGGCCAGGACAUCGUUUGCCUUCUGGAAGUUUGUCUACGAACGCACCCCGCCGUCGUCCAGGCUUCGGCUCGGCUAUCUGGUGCAUUUCCAAGCCGAGAAGCUCAGGAAUAUGAUCGACGGCUGGACACAGGCUGGGCUGUUGGGCCUGGACCUCGACUUGGACUUGAACCGGGGCCUGGACACGGGCCCGGAUACGAAUACGGAUACGGAUACGAAUACGGAUACGGAUACAGAUACAGAUACAUAUACGGAAACGGAUAUGAAGAUCGACAUGGGCCAUGGACUGGCGGAUUAUUCUGAUCUGAUAGCCGACGCCGCGCAGAUUGCCAGUCUGGAUCUCGACCUCCUGGUGCUGUUCCCGACCCUGGCCGGGGCCAGCCGCGACUACGGCAUCUUCAAAUGGAUCAUCCCGCUGUGGAGCCAUGUUCAGCGCACUCGCCUGGUCAACAGCCCCGUCUGGACUCUCCGGCAGACCCAGUGGUGCUUGAAGCUGGGUCUCAGCCGCCAUCGCACGGUUUCCCUCUUCCUCUACUGCUGCGGCCCGUCGUCAUCGUCGAACAAAGCCCUGUCGUCGGUCUGUGUCGAGUUUUGCUUUUGUCUGGCCAACCCACAGCAGCCCAAGAUCCAGUAUUCCAGCGGCCGACUCUCGAAUCACCGGUUCCUCCCCGAGACCCGAGGUAUCGGAUUCAAGCGGCUGGUCAGUCAAGCGCGAUUGAUGAGGCCGGCAGACUCCAAAGCCCGCAGCAUCAUCGAAGGCGAUUGCGUCAUGGUCGCCCUCUUUCUCCGGGUGCUCGAUUGCGACGGAGACCUGUGCGUGCAUGCAAAGGGCGCCGCUGGCCAACCGAGGCCAGACACGGACCUGAGCGAGGCUCGGAGCGGGGAGUGAGAAGUGUGAAUGCCGUGGUGUGAAUGCCGUGUGAAUGCCAUCAGUGCUGUGGAUGUUCAGGGUGCUGUUCGUUUUUGUCAAUGGAUGGAUGCGGGGCCGUGUUUGCGGGUUGUCGGAGCGGCCAAGGCCUGCUCCAUGGUGGAGUGCCUGCAUCGACACACCAGGAUCCCAUGAGCGCAACGAACACGAGCGGUAACGACAUGGGCCCAACAGCGGCGUCGCCCCUGCACCAUUCUCGACAUGCACCCGAUGGUGUCGUGGACAUGGGUCCGUUGUCGCUGGAUUUGGGUUGCGACCCAUCUUUCCCCUUUGCCUCUGUUUCGCGCGACAGAGUUGCUUCUGUGCGCGGCUGUCGCACCGCGUCCGCCCGAAUAGGAAAGCCCAGGCGCUCCUGGC